GUCCUCGAUGAUGCCCCGGAGUCCUGCGUUUCCAGUUGUGAAUCCUACCUACGGAGGAGAGCCAAACAGUUCCAUGGAGUCUUCAAGAGGCCUUCAGGGAGCUGGAAGGAUGACUCAGAGACUACAAGCCCCAGUGGUCUUGCAAGUUCAGUUCUCAGCACCCACAUGGUGACUCACAGCCGUCCGUAACUCCAGUUCUAGGGGAUCCCAUGACCUCUUCGGAUCUCCAUAAAUACCAGGCAGGCAUAUGGCGCACAGACAUGCAGGCACAACACUUAAGCAAAUGAGAUAAAAUUAUUUAAAGAGAGAGGGGGAAAACUUCAGAUCUCCUAUAGUGGUUUUCCUAGUGGCUGAUUUUGGAAGAAAUGGUCAGUCAGUACCUGGGAAUUGAAUUUAUAUUGUGAAUCUCCAAUAAGUACAAACAUGUUGAAAUAGAUUCCAGCCAGUGAUUUCACAAACACUGAAGGUGAGAAAUAUGUAUGUCUUAAGUCCCAAGCUGAGACUCAGAGGAAAAAGGAACUGAGGAAAGAAAUAAGGGGGUGGGUGUCAUCCCACAGACCACUGUUCAGAGAAUCUUCAAGUUAAACUUACACCUGUAACAGAAUGGGUACCUCCAUGGUUCCCUGGUGAGACAACUUGCCAAAAUGUCCAGUUCAAAGACUCUUUCGUUCCCUUUGACUGUGACAGUGAAGACAUCUGUAGAUGGAAGCCACCAUUAGUCCCCUGCAGUCUUCAGAGAAAGCACACAAAGGAACCCUGUUACUGUAGUGACUUCGGGAAGGCACUUAUCACAACCCAGAUGGUCAUCUCGUCAAGAAAACUCACUUCAGAGAAACUAUGCCCCUGUGGUCAGUGUGAUGAGAACUUCACAUCAGAGACCCCACCUGAAAGGAAAGAGCUGCGGGCAUGAGCAGUGUGGGACGGGCUUCCAGGAGCAAGCCUGUUUGUUUGUCCAUCAAGCGGUCCACAUGGAUGAGAAACCUUACAAGUGUGACAGAUGCGGGAAGGGCUUCACCAGGAGCUCAAGUCUGCUUGUCCAUCACGCAGUCCACACAGGGGAGAAACCUUACAAGUGUGACCGGUGUGGGAAGGGCUUUAGUCAGGGCUCCAAGCUGCACAUACACCAGAGGGUCCACACUGGAGAGAAGCCCUAUGAGUGUAAAGACUGCGGCAUGAGCUUCAGCCAGCGGUCAAACCUGCACAUCCACCAGCGUGUCCACACGGGAGAGAGACCGUACAAGUGUGGAGAAUGUGGGAAGGGCUUCAGCCAGAGCUCCAACCUCCACAUCCACCGGUGUACCCACACGGGAGAGAAGCCUUACCAGUGCUGUGAGUGUGGGAAGGGCUUCAGCCAGAGCUCAGACCUGCGCAUCCACCUCAGAGUGCACACCGGGGAAAAGCCCUACCACUGUGGCAAGUGUGGGAAGGGCUUCAGCCAGAGCUCCAAACUCCUCAUCCAUCAGAGAGUGCACACUGGAGAGAAGCCCUAUGAGUGCAGCAAGUGUGGGAAGGGCUUCAGCCAGAGCUCCAAUCUCCACAUCCACCAGCGGGUUCACAGGAAGGACCUUCCUUAAGUAACAUGGGCCCGCUCGGUUCAGAACACUUUUAUUGUAAGGAUGGAUAUUUUUCAUGGCUGAGGGUACAGAUCAGUGGUAAGAGUGCCUGCCUAGCAUGCAUAAAGUCCUGGGUUCAGAGCCGGGAGGUGGUGGCACCCGCCUUUAAUCCCAGCACUUGGGAGGCAGAGGCAGGUGGAUCUCUGUGAGUUCCAGGCUCACCUGGUCUACAAGAGCUAGUUCCAGGACAGGCACCAAAGCUACAGAGAAACCUUAUCUCGAAAACCCCAAAAAUAAAUAAAUAAAUAAAUAAAUAAAUAAAUAAAUAAAUAAAUAAAGCAAGCAAGCCCUGGGUUUGAGUUCCAGUACCUGCCGCACAAAAUUUCCAGGUUAAUACUUUGUACUUGAGUGUGUGUGUUUAUGUAGAGAGGAGUACAUGUGCUGUGCAGGUAUGUGCAUGCGUGUGUGCACAUGGCUGUGGAGGUCAGAGGGCAUCUCAGAUACUCAGACGCCUGUCACUUUUGUUUGAGACUGGGGUCGAUCACUUGGUCUGGAAUGUUAUCAAGUAAGUCAGGCAGCAAGUCCCGUGGCUCUACCUGUCCCUGCUUCCCAGCUCACCACAGCUAGGUUUACACGUGUUUGAUGCCACACCCAACUCUUUUAUGUGGAUUUUGUCUGGAGCUUGCAAGACAAGAGCUUUACUGACUAAGCUAUCUUCCCACGCCCUGGCUUGAUACUUUUGACCCCUUCCUUUGUAGUCCUCAAAAGAAAGAGAUAGUAAAGAUUACUCAGAUGUAGUCCCUCACAGAAAAAAAAAAAUCAUUUAAAGUAUCCGAGCACCUAGCAUAUUUCACGUUCUACAAUGAAUGGAUGAUUCUGGUUUCUCAAAUGGGUAGUUGGACAAUUCUGUUCGUGUUGUUAAAAGUACAUUCCACAAUUUUAACUGCAGGAAGUGUUGUUAAAAGUACAUUCCACAAUUUUAACUGCAGGAACUUUGUAUUUUUCCAAGCACAGUAUGUUUCCUUUGUUCAUAUUCUCUGAGAAAUUGGAAUUCACAUUUCCAUCCGAAUUAUGUGCCAAGUUUUUUUAUAUUCCUUUACCUAUUUAAGCGCUCUCAAAACUAUGAACAUGGUGUGUCCGUUUGAGGGUGGGUGGGAAGCUGGCGGUACAGUGGACAUGGAGAUCUGUUGUGUUCAAUACAGAAACUGUGUCAGGUUAUGGUCGCAGUGCAGGAAGUGCUUCUCCACAGACUACUGUGAUAGACAACGCUUCAGUCAGCCGCUCCUCUCAGGCAGCUGCUCAGGAAUGUAAAUAAUUAGAUUUUACUGAAUGAAGUAAGUUUGUUGAUAGUAAAAACAAGGGAGAAAUCUCUGAGGCAACAAAUCCAAAGUCAUUAGGAGAGUAAAGCUAGCAUUGAGUACUGCUGAGAACAGAUGAUCUAGCAGAAGUUCUGAGGCAGAAUUGGAGAAAGCUGGGACAGGUGGGACAUGUGGCAGCCAAUCAGCAGAAGCUGCAGAAACCAUCUUAAGACUUGAUCAGUCGUCGGGCAGUGGUGUUGCACAGUUUUAAUCCCAGUACUCGGGAGGCAGAGGCAGGCGGAUCUCUGUAAGUUCGAGGCCAGCCUGAUGUGCAAGAGCUAGUUCCAGAACAUGCUUCAAAGCUACAGAGAAACCCUGUCUUGAAAAAGAAAAAAGAACAGCCAAAGCAAACAAACAUUUAAUAAAUUCAAAUUGGCUUAUGGAGAAAGUACUAAAGAUGGGCCUUUGGUGGGCAGGUCUAAUUUGCAGGACUAAAUUCUACCCUGGGAAUGUUUAUUUAAAGAUGGCAGCAGGAAUGCCUACAAGAGGACAUCAACAGGAGGAUCUCAGGAAAAAUUUACAGGCUAGGAAGAUGGGUGGGUGGGCAUGGUAUCUGUACAGAAGCGGGCACGGUUUAUGCCACUCACAUAAGGGGAUAAGGAAAAGAAGGCCUGUUUUGGUUUUAGGCCAAGAACUACUUAAUAAAAUGAAGGAUGGGAAGGAAGCAUGAUGGGAAAGCCAUGACACUAAGGACCGAGGAUAUGUGGAACAUUCCCUUCAUCCCACGAAUACAUGUUCUCUUCUGUAGCCAGACUGUAGUUCUCUAUUUCCUGUUUCUCCAUUUGCUGUUUCAUCAAUUUUAAGCUCCUACUUUACCACCUCCUUCUCUUUGCUUUGUGUUAAGUGUGCCUUUGCUUUUGAGAUGGGCUCUGCAGCCCAGGCUGCCCUUGAAUUUAUGAUCCUCCUACCACAUAGGAGGACCCUCUUCACACCUGCCUUUUUCUAGUCUCUGGGAGAAAUUGCUAUGUAUACCCAGCCAGCCAGAACUACCCUCCAGUAAAAUCUGAGAUGUUUCUUCUGGUUUUGGGAUCCUACAGUAGAGCAGCUCCUGAGAUCUGAUACAUAAAGUUUCAAAGUUAAAGAUCCUUUACACAUUAAAAGGAAUAAGAGAAUUUUAGUAUCAUGUACACAACUUAGAUAACAAUUUCUGUUAAUGGCAUAUACUAACAAGCCAAGAAAUCUUGAAUAGCUAUGUCCUUUAAAAAAAAAAAAAAAGGUUGAUGCUGGAUAGAUGGCUCAGUCGUAAAGCACACCUGUUGCUCUUGCAAAAGACCAAAGUUCAGUUCCCAGCAUCUAUAUGGUAGCUCACAACCAUCUGUGACACCAAUUACAGGGAUCCAAUGCCGUUUUCUUAUCUCCAUAGGAACCAAGAAUACAUAUGGUGCACAUACAUACAUGCAAGCAAAACACAUAAAAUGAAUAAAUUAAUAAAAUUAAGAUUUAUUUAUUUUAAUUAUUUUUUGUUUAUUUAUUUUUUGACACAGGGUUUCUCUGUGUAUCUCUAGCUGUCUUAGAACUCACUCU